CAAAUCCACCCGUUGAAACAAACUCAACGCUUGAUCAAUCACUUUCUAGUCACAAUCACCUUGCAUCAAUUCGUAGCUCUCUCGUGAAACAGAGAAGACUCUACAUACCUGCAUCGACGCGAAUUUGAAUGCGAUCUCUCCAGAAAACCCACCUUCUCAUCUCCGUCUGUUUAAUCUUUCUGUGACUAGGGUUUCGAGUUUGAUCUAGGUUGUAAUUGCAAUUGCAAAGAGCUCGGCGUGUUUGAUUUUCUGUUCUCAAGGUUUUCCGGAUGGUUGUAGGAUACUUCAAGCUGUAUUCCUUUGAGUAAUGGGAAGCAGUGAGAUGGAUAAACCCGCCAAGGAGGCAAAAGACUCCACAAAGGAGCCAAAGACAGCAAAUUCCCAAGAGCAGACUUCAGGUACUGCCACUGGUACAGCCAAUCCAGAUUGGACAGGGUUUCAGCCUUAUCCUCAUAUGCCUCCACAUGGGUACAUGGCAUCAAGCCCUCAAGCUCCUCCCCCAUACAUGUGGGGGGUUCAGCAUCUUAUGCCACCUUAUGGUACCCCACCUCAUCCAUAUGUUGCAAUGUAUCCCCCUGGUGGCAUUUAUGCUCAUCCAUCUAUGCCUCCGGGGUCAUAUCCUUUCAGUCCAUAUGCAAUGCCUUCUCCAAAUGGUGUUGUUGAGGCUUCCGGUAAUAAUACUCCUGGAAAUACAGAAAUUGAUGGUAAGUCACCAGAUGGGAAGGAAAAAGAAAAAGAAAAACUUCCAAUUAAAAGGUCAAAGGGUAGUCUUGGAAGUUUAAAUAUGAUUACUGGCAAAAAUAUUGAACAGAGUAAAACUGGUGCAUCUGCUAAUGGAGUUUAUCCUAAAAGUGCUGAGAGUGGAAGUGAAGGCUCAAGUGAAGGAAGUGAUGGGAAUUCUGAAAAUGAUUCACAAAUGAAAUCAGGAUCCAUUGAAGCUACAGGGGAAGCUUCCCAAAAUGGAAAUUCGGGACAUGUUUCUCAAAAUGGAGGACCAAAUGUGGGCAACAACCAAACAAUGGUUGUGGGUCCCACAACCAACUUAAAUAUUGGUAUGGAUUACUGGAGUGGGACCAAUUCCUCCAAUGUUCAUGGGAAGGUUACUUCUGCUCCAGUUGCAGGAGGGAUGGUUACUACAGGUUCAAGGGACAUGCAGUUGCAGCAGCCUUGGCUUCAGGAUGAAAGGGAGCUAAAAAGACAGAGAAGGAAGCAAUCUAAUAGGGAAUCUGCUCGUAGGUCCAGAUUGCGCAAACAGGCGGAAUGUGAUGAGCUGGCGCAACGGGCAGAAGUUUUAAAGGAUGAAAAUUCUUCGCUUAGAGCAGAAGUGGGUCGCCUUAGAAGCGAGUAUGAGGAACUUCUUGCUCAAAACGCGUCUCUUAAGGAACGACUAGGGGAAACUCCCGGGCAAGAAGACUUGACCUCUGAUGGGACCGAACAACAAACGGGCAGCAAAGAUCAUCCGGGCAGGCAGAUAGAACUUGCCCAAAGUCAUCAUCAAUGAACUUCCACCUUUCCCAAGUUGCCCGGGAGCUUAACUUAACGAAAAAUUAGCAAACAAAAAAACCGUGUUUUACAUAGUAAUAGAGUUCACAUUAAGACCGGGCAGAUUGGACCAGACUAUCUGGUCCUGGUCCGGUCUGGCUAGACUCAGACUGCUCUGGCUAGAUUCAGACCGGUCUGGCUAGUGUCUUAGAUAUGCAAAAUAACUAUCAAAUUAAUUGUUGUCAUCCAAUGUUGUUGAUCGGCCUAUCUUUUAAGGCCCGAUGAGCCCGGAUGAUAUGUAGAACGGUAGUGUGAAAUUACUCCCGUACCCUUUGUAUUGCUAAAUAGGGUGUUGGUAUCUAAUUGGUUUUCAACAUUUUAUGUACUUAAAUAUGAUCAAAUAUGAUUGUGGUUUGUGAGUUGCAUUUGGG